AUGCUGGAUAUCUAUUCGGGUGGCUUCCUUCAUCCUGACUCGGUUAUGUCUAUCAAUCCUUUCCUGCUAGUUGUAGCUGUUUGGAGCUGGUUAAAAUGGCUAUCACUAUCGACGUUGAUCAUUGGAGGCGGAGCUUAUAUUGGGUACCUUUUUACUCCCGAUUGGAGAGAAAUUGUCGAUAGCAAGCAUUACUAUAGUAAUUGGAAGAUUCGUGUCUAUCUAUCUCUCCCUUUUAACACUGCUUCUCGUGUCAUUGGUGGUCUAGCCAACCAAGAAAUUCCCGUUUGGCUCCGUGAGUAUCUUCUUGGUGGAUUCGCUCGAAUGUACGAUUGUCGAAUGGAAGAAUGCGUCGACCCAGACUUCAACAACUAUCCAUCAUUUGCUGCAUUCUUCAACAGGAAACUUCGAGAAUCAACUCGUCCGAUCUCAGCUUCUCCAUUAGUUUCUCCAGCUGAUGGAACCGUUUUGCAUUUUGGAAAAGUAGAGGAGAAUAAAAUUGAAUAUGUCAAGGGACACGAUUACGACGUCGAUAAGUUUUUAGGAAACGUCGAAUUGCCGGAAAAGGAGGAAUUGGACUUGUAUCAAGUUGUGAUUUAUCUAGCACCUGGAGACUAUCAUGCAUUCCAUUCACCGGCUCGUUGGGUGGCCAAUCAAUGUCGACAUGUACCUGGAUUACUGUUGUCGGUCAGACCAACAUUGUUGAGCCACGUGCCUCAUUUGUUUUGCUUGAAUGAGAGAGUAGUACUCAACGGCUCAUGGCGUCACGGUUUCUUUUCAAUGUCCGCAGUAGCUGCAACCAAUGUCGGUGACAUUGUUGUCGACGCAGAACCCUCCCUCCGAACGAAUAUCGUCCGCCGAAAGACUCAAAAAAUCAUGAAUACGGAAACAGAAAUCCAUGCUCCGUAUCUCCCUGGAGAGCGUGUGGGAGAAUUUCGUCUCGGAUCCACAAUAGUUUUGGUCUUCCAAGCUCCGCCCACUAUCAAGUUUGCAAUCAAAGCGGGCGAUCCGUUGAGAUAUGGACAAAGUCUUGUUGCGGAUGGUGUCUGA